GUGGGCUCUCACAGGGAGGAUGGUGGCGUGGGCAUCCAUCCCAUCAGACCCAACCAAGUGCCAGUCCCCCAGCUCCCCCAGCAGUCUGCCACGUCACCAAAUCUACACCAGACUGAUACAUACCGGGGUGAGUACCAUAUCGGGGGGGGGGGGAGAGGGGGAGGGAGGAGAGGGGGGGAGGGGUAGAGGGGGGGGGAGAGGGUGGUUGGGGGGGGGGAGAGGGGUGGAGGGGGAGGGUGCGGGGGAUGUGGGGGGGGGAGAGGGUGGGUGGGGGGGGGGGAGAGUGGGGGGGGAGAGGACGAGGGGGUGGUGGGGGGGAGAGGGUGGGGGAGUUGGGUUUUUGUGGGUGGUGGGGGGUGAGAGGGGGGGGGAUGAGGGGUGGUGUUGGGGGGGAGAGGGGGGGCGGAGGGGGUGGGAGAGGUGGGGAGAGCGGUGGCGGAGCGGGGUGGGGACGAGGGUGGGGGGGCGAGAGGGUGUGUGUGGGGGGGGAGAGGGUGGGGACGAGGGUGGGGGGGAGAGGUUGGGGAGAGGGUGGGGGAGAGGGUGGCGGGGAGAGGGGGGUGGGGACCCGAGGGGCGUGGGUGGGGGAGAGGGGGGGGAGAGGAGGGGCGUGGGGGAUGGGGGGCGGGAGAGGGUGGUGGGGCGGGUGUGGGGGGGGGAUGAGUGUGGGGGAGAGGGAGAGGGUGGGGAUGAGGGUGGGGAGAGGGUGGGGAGAGGGGUGUGUGGGGGGGGAGAGGGUGGGGGGAGGGUGGGGAGAGGGUGUGUGUGGGGGGGAGGGAGGGGACCCUAGGGGAGAGGGUGGGGAGAGGGUGGGGCAUGAGGGUGGGGGAGAGGGUGGGGGAGAGGGUGUGUGGUUGGGGGGGAGGAGGGGUGGGGGAGGGGAGGGGUGGGAUAGGGUGUGUGUGGGGGGGAGAGGGUGGGGGAGGAGGGAGAGGGUGGGGGAUGAGGGUGUGCGUGAUAGUAAUUCUAGUAGAAAAAACUAAUAGUGAAAAACAAACAUUUGAAUAGAUUAAAUAUUUUUUUGUCAAGCUAACCAUAGAGCCACAUUCAUACAUUACAAACAAUAUAAUCAGUGCACUUGGCAGGGUCCAAAUGUGAAUGUGUGAGUAAUUAUGAUUAAACAGAGAAAACACUAUCUAUUUCAAAUAUUAAUAUGUAAAAGGAAAUUGUAUAUGACCGAUGCUGUGAAGUGAAUUAGCCCUGAGGCCUGUCUAAAGACUGGAAAUUUCUUCCUUGGCAUCAUAUCGUCCUGAGGCCCUCGCCAACUGCACGCACACACACACACACACACACACACACACACACACACACACAACUAGUGGUCCUGAGGCCCUCGCCAACUGCCUAAUGGGGUGUUGAACAGUAUAAAACAGAACGCAGAGAGAAACCUACUGGAGGAACACACAGUCUUAUAGAAUCCCUACACACACACACACACACACACACACACACACACACACACACACACACACACACACACACAUGCACAUGCAUACACACACACACACACACACACACACACACACACACACACACACACACACACACACAGACACACUACAGAGGCAGCUGAGACUGGAACUAGAAAUACUGUGCAUUAAAGUGUUACAGUGUACAGUCGUGGUCUAAAGUUUUGAGAAUGACACAAAUACUAAUUUUCACAAAGUCUGCUGCCUCAGUUUUGAUGAUGGCAAUUUGCAUAUACUCCAGAAUGUCAUGAAGAGUGAUCAGAUGAAUUGCAAUUAAUUGCAAAGUCCCUCUUCGCCAUGAAAAUGAACUUAAUCCCCCAAAAAACAUUUCCACUGCAUUUCAGCCCUGCCACAAAAGGACCAGCUCCCAUCAUGUCAGUGAUUCUUUCGUUAUCACAGGUGAGAGUGUUGACGAGGACAAGGCUGGAGAUCACUCUGUCAUGCUGAUUGAGUUAGAAUAACAGACUGGAAGCUUUAAAAGGAGGGUGGUGCUUGAAAUCAUUGUUCUUCCUCUGUUAACCAUGGUUACCUGCAAGGAAACACGUGCCGUCAUCAUUGCUUUGCACAAAAAGGGCUUCACAGGCAAGGAUAUUGCUGCUAGUAAGAUUGCACCUAAAUCAACCAUUUAUCGGAUCAUCAAGAACUUCAAGGAGAGAGAUUCAAUUGUUGUGAAGAAGGCGUCAGGGCGCCCAAGAAAGUCCAGCAAGUGCCAGGACCGUCUCCUAAAGUUGAUUCAGCUGCGGGAUCGGGGCACCACCAGUGCAGAGCUUGCUCAGGAAUGGCAGCAGGCAGGUGUGAGUGCAUCUGCACGCACAGUGAGGCGAAGACUUUUGGAGGAUGGCAUGGUGUCAAGAAGGGCAGCAAAGAAGCCACUUCUCUCCAAGAAAAACAUCAGGGACAGACAGAUAUUCUGCAAAAGGUACAGUGAUUGGACUGCUGAGGACUGGGGUAAAGACGUGAUCCGGAUCCUUAGCUUUAGAUAACACCUGGUCAGAACGUGAUCCGGAUCCUUAGCUUUAAAUAACACACGGGCAGAGACGUGAUCCGGAUCCGUAGCUUUAGAUAACACAUGGGCAGAAGGUGAUCCGGAUCCUUAGCAUUAGAUAACACAUGGGCAGAAGGUGAUCCGGAUCCUUAGCUUUAGAUAACACAUGGGCAGAGACGUGAUCCGGAUCCUUAGCUUUAGAUAACACAUGGGCAGAGACGUGAUCCGGAUCCUUAGCUUUAGAUAACACAUGGUCAGAACGUGAUCCGGAUCCUUAGCUUUAAAUAACACAUGGGCAGAGACGUGAUCCGGAUCCUUAGCUUUAGAUAACACAUGAUCAGAACGUGAUCCGGAUCCGUAGCUUUAAAAUAACACAUGAUCAGAAUGUGAUCCGGAUCCUUAGCUUUAAAAUAACACAUUGUCAGAACGUGAUCCGGAUCCGUAGCUUUAGAUAACACAUGGUCAGAAGGUGAUCCGGAUCCUUAGCUUUAAAUAACACAUGGUCAGAACGUGAUCCGGAUCCUUAGCUUUAGAUAACACAUGGGCAGAGACGUGAUCCGGAUCAUUAGCUUUAGAUAACACAUGGUCAGAACGUGAUCCGGAUCCUUAGCUUUAAAUAACACAUGGGCAGAGACGCGAUCCGGAUCCUUAGCUUUAAAUAACACAUGGUCAGAACGUGAUCCGGAUCCUUAGCUUUAGAUAACACAUGGUCAGAACGUGAUCCGGAUCCGUAGCUUUAAAUAACACAUGGGCAGAGACGUGAUCCGGAUCCUUAGCUUUAGAUAACACAUGGUCAGAACGUGAUCCGGAUCCGUAGCUUUAGAUAACACAUGGUCAGAAAGUGAUCCGGCUCCUUAGCUUUAAAUAACACAUGGUCAGAAUGUGAUCCGGAUCCUUAGGUUUAAAAUAACACAUGGUCAGAAUGUGAUCCGGAUCCUUAGCUUUAAAUAACACAUGGUCAGAACGUGAUCCGGAUCCUUAGCUUUAAAUAAUAAAUAACACAAUAACACAAAACUCUGGAUCCCUAGCCACAGCCUUAUUUUUUAUAGGACUAAGAUAAGGCCAAUGUAGAGUCAGAGGCGUCUUAUAAGGGUAUCACAAUAAGGUAGUGUGGGAAUAUUCUAGCACAACUAUUCCUGGCUAACCUAUGUCAUCACAGAAAGGACAAGGUCACUUUCUGCUCUUUGCUUGAGGACCUUUCAGGCCUUGUAGCAUAAACUAGCAAUGGUUAUGUGUGUCGCACAUAGGGAGGGACUGUGAACAGAGACACACAUAGGGUCACUGGCAGCGAGAGCCACAUACAGAGAGACAGUUACAGAGAGACAGAUACAGAGAGACAGAUACAGAGAGACAGAUACAGAGAGACAGAUACAGGCCCAUACAUACAGACUGACAGCAGCCAGACGGCCAUUUUGUUUCUCUUCUUCUCUGUGAUUGAGCCAUUGAGGGCAUUUUGAGGAAAUCUGUGCGAGACGAGGGGCUUCUUUUGUGAAAGUGUGUCUGUGUGUGUGUGUGUUAAUGUGUGUGUGUGUGUGUGUGUGUGUUUAUGUGUCUGUGUGUACGUGUGUGUGUGUGUGUGGUGUGUGUCUUUGUGUGUGUGUGUGGUGUGUGUCUGUGUGUCUGUGUGUGUUGUGUGUGUUGUGAGACGGUGUGGGAACAGUGUUUUAUGUUGACAGGGAUGUUGGCACAGGUCCAUGGAAUGACGUCAAACAAACAGAGAGCUGUAUUCUCCAGCUGGAUAGUGAUAGGGGAGGUGGGGGGGAGAGGAGGGGGAGGUGGGGGGAGAAGGGGCAGGGGGACACUGUGAGAACAUACAGUCAAACCCAUUUUUUGUCCGCAGAGCAGACACUCCCUCAGUCUCCCCCUCCCUUCCCUCCUCCUCCUCCCCCCUCCCACGAGAAACAGAUGAGUGUGCCUGGUAGACACAGUUUUCAGAGAGGCAGGCAUGCCAAACACACAUUAAUCUCUACUCUUUUGGGGUUUGCACCAAUGUUUGUUUUUAAUUUCCAGUCAUAUUUCUCUCUCCUUUCUGAUGAUUGAAGAGAUAAAAGUAGUGUCUGUCUGUCUGUCUGUUCUGGCACCACCUAAAAUAAACUCACUUUGGCAUGUCCUUGAAAUGACCAUCAGAAUAUUCUCUAAACUUUAAGGCUCCUAAUCCGUGAUCGGAAAUUUUAUUUCUGAGGCUCCGUAUCCAUGAGUGCACAAAUUCUCGCAGAAAUUUGGGAUUUAACUAAUUCUCUCAUGCCGAAACCAGAUUAGAUACAAACCAGAUUAGAUACAUACCAGUAGUUAAAUCAGAGUUAAACGCCAAAAAUAUUAUAUUCACAAUUUCACUAAGCAAAAAGCAAACAACCAAAACAUCAAUAGCCACUACAAUGUCGAAACAUGAUUUUGUCAUGAGUUCUGUACCAUUUGCUUGAUUUUGUGGACCCAAGACUAUGGUGUAUCGACAUUAACUAGCUAGCUAACAUUAGCAUGCUAGCGACGCUAGUCAGCACAGGCUGCUACGUGAUAAUCAGUUCGCGUUAGCUACCUAGCUAGCCAGCCUAGCUAGCUCUAGUCCAAUGGAAACCGAUGCAGCCCUACUGGCUACGUGGCUAGCAAGAUGACUAGUGGUGACAGUGAGGUCCGUAUGAGAUUCAACGCUUUAAUGUCAUCGUGCAGAAUUUAGUGUCAUCGUGCAGAAAUAGCAAAAAAAAAAUAACUGUUUGAUGAGCUAGCUAAGUUAGCUAGCAAGAUAGCUAUGACAGUUACCAGUGUGCAUGCACAAAUGCAUUUUUAUUUAUUUAUUUUAUUUCACCUUUAUUUAACCAGGUAAGCCAGUUGAGAACAAGUUCUCAUUUACAACUGCGACCUGGCCAAGAUAAAAACAACAACACAGAGUUACAUAUGGGGUAAAACAAAACAUAAAGUCAAAAAUACAACAGAAAAUAUAUAUACAGUGUGUGCAAAUGUAGCAAAUGUAGCAUGACGACACAUUGUAUCUAAAGUCAGGAAGAGCAUCUGCUAAAACGACUCAAAUGUAAAUAGAACACAUAUACAUGUACAUUUACAUCAUUUAGCAGACGCUCUUAUCCAGAGCGACUUACAAAUUGGUGCAUUCAACUUAUGAUAGCCAGUGGGACAACCACUUUUCUUUUUGUUUUAUUUGUUUUAUGGGGGGGGGUAGAAGGAUUACUUUAUACUAUUCCAGGGAUGUAGCUCAGUUGAUAGAGCAUGGCGUUUGCAACGCCAGGGUUGUGGGCUCGAUUCCCACAGGGGGGGCCAGUAUGAAUAAUAAUAUGUAUUCACUAACUGUAAGUCGCUCUGGAUAAGAGCGUCUGCUAAAUGACUAAAAUGUAAAUGUAUUCCUUAAAGAGACAUUAAUGAUAGCUAGUAUGAAAAACCCAGUGACCACUAGAUGUCCUCGUAUACCCAUAUUUGGAUCAAAUGCACUUGAUUUUUCAUCCGUACUGUGUGAAUGACAAGCCCAUUCAAUCUAUUUUGGGGUAUCUAUAAUAAUUAUACUUAUAUAUUGUACUGCAGAUCAUUUGUAUUCAUGAAUGGUUACAUGUGAGCUUCGUUGCAUCCCCUAUCUUCUAGUAAGUAGUGUAAGAAGGCAUUUGAUAUCACAAAGUAUACAGUAUUUCCAUUUCUUAGUGCUGAGCGAUUAACCAAUUAUUAUUAUUAUUAUUUUAGUUUUUUAAACAACUAAUUGACCAACUUCGGUUCAAUUAUUUGAAUUCCAUUUUGUUCGUUUUUCUUUUUCUUCUUCUGUGCGCUGUUUCUCUAGAGAUAAAUCAGUUCUAGCCUGAACUGUGCGAUGUAGUAGGGAGUUGUAGUUUCCAACAGGCCAAUAUCCUACAUAGUUUAGCGCAUAAAAUGUGGUAAUUAACUACAAUGACCAUAAUCCAUUGCGCAACUACUUUUCCGGUCUGUGUUUCUUUUACGCCCGCUACAGAAGAGGCAGAAAAAUGCGCGAUUGUGAGGGGAUAUAGAGAGCAGCUGUUGCUUCGUGAUAUAUCUCUACCUGAAAAUACAUAUUCAGCAGUCAUAAAAGUAUGCCUUAUUUACUUUGAAGAACUACUAAAAUAGUGAUUUAGUCAGACAACAGCUCUAUAGAGAUGAGAUGAUGACUUGGAAUUAAAUAAAAAAGUAAUCAAAUAAAACUAAUGGAAUAUACACAAAUGUAAUAUAUUUUAUUAAAGCGAUGUGAAUAAAUGAUGGUUAAUAAGUGAUUAGCAGUAAUGGGCAGUCACUACCAUCAUGGGACUUGUAUUAAUUGUUUUAUUCUGUGUUGUUACAGCAUUCAACUCAAAUAAUCGAAACCGAAACUGAACCGACCUCAAAAAGCACUAAUCGCUAAUUUCUCCUGGAUUGCCAUUUCUCAUUUAGUUAGCCUCACCUCAACCCCAGAAAUGCGAAUCAAUUAUCAAAUCAGUUUACAGAGAAAAUACAUAGAUCCAUAAUUGUUCUCCAAAAUCUCCCAGAUAUGUUAAUAUACACACCAAAUGCAAUAGUGACAUUUUACACCAGUGCAGCAAGCUAGUGGACUCUAUCAUGUACUGUUGAAAUGGGGAUAUGAUGAUACCUAGUGGUCGCAUGGUUGAUUUCUCCCUAACCAUCAUUUAUACAGUGCAUUCGGAAAGUAUUCAGACCCCUUCCCUUUUUCCACAUUUUGUUACAUUACAGCCUUAUUUUAAAAUUGAUUAAAUUAACAUUUUCCUCAUCAAUCUACACACAAUAUUCCAUAAUGGCAAAGUCAAAAAUGGGUUUUUAGAAUUUUUAGCAAAUUUAUUACAAAUAAAAAACAGAAAUACUUUAUUUACAUAAGUAUUCAGACCCUUUGCUAUGAGACUCGAAAUUGAGCUCAGGUGCAUCCUGUUUCCAUUGAUCGUCCUUAAGAUGUUUCUACAACUUGAUUGGAGUCCACCUGUGGUAAAUUCAAAUGAUUGGACAUGAUUUGGAAAAGCACACACCUGUCUAUAUAAGGUCCCACAGUUGACAGUGCAUGUCAGAGCAAAAACCAAGCCAUGAGGUCGAAGGGAUUGUCCGUAGAGCUCCGAGACAGGAUUGUGUCGAGGCACAGAUCUGUGGAAAGGUACCAAAAACAUUCUGCAGCAUUGAAGGUCCCCAAGAACACAGUGGCCUCCAUCAUUCUAUUUCUUUUUUUACUCUUUACCGCUUUUUCUCCCCAAUUGGUAGUUACAGUCUUGUCCCAUCGCUGCAACUGCCGUACGGAUUCGGGAGAGGCGAAGGUCGAGAGCCAUGCGUCCUCCGAAACACUGCUUGCUUAGCCAGCCGCACUAAUGUGUCGGAGAAAACACAGUGUCAGCGUGCAUGCGCCCGGCCCGCCACAGGAGUCGCUAGAGCGCGACGGGACAAGGACAUCCCGGCCGGCCAAACCCUCCCCUAACCCGGACGACGCUGGGCCAAUUGUGCGUCGCCUCAUGGGUCUUCCGGUCGCGGCUGUCUGCGACACAGACUGUGAUCGAACCCGGAUCUGUAGUGACACCUUAAGUACUGCAGUGCCUUAGACCACUGCGCCACUGAUGGUCACUCUGACAAAGCUCCAGAGUUCCUAUGUGGAGAUGGGAGAACCUUUCAGAAGAACAACCAUCUCUGCAGCACUCCACCAAUCAGGCCUUUAUGGUAGAGUGGCCAGACGGAAGCCACUCUUCAGUAAAAGGCACAUAACAGCCCACUUGGAGUUUGCCAAAAGGCACCUAAAGGACUCUCAGACUAUGAGAAACAAGAUUCUCUGGUCUGAUGAAACCAAGAUUAAACUAUUUGGCAUGAAUGCAAGCGUCACGUCUGGAGGAAACCUGGCACCAUCCCUACGGUGAAGCAUGAUGGUGGCAGCAUCAUGCUGUGGGGUUGUUUUUCAGCGGCAGGGACUGGGAAACUAGUCAGGAUCGAGGGAAAGAUGAACGGAGCAAAGUACAGAGAGAUCCUUGAUGAAAACCUGCUCCAGAGCGCUCAGGACCUCAGACUGGGGGCGAAGGUUCACCUUCCAACAGGACAACGACCCUAAGCACACAGCCAAGACAACGCAGGAGUGGCUUCGGGACAAGUCUCUGAAUGUCCUUGAGUGGCCCAGCCAGAGCCCGGACUUGAACCCGAUCGAACAUCUCUGGAGAGACCUGAAAAUAGCUGUGCAGCGACGCUCCCCAUCCAUCCUGACAGAGCUUGAGAGGAUCUGCAGAGGAGAAUGGGAGAACCUCCCCAAAUACAGGUGUGCCAAGCAUGUAGCAUCAUACCCAAAAAUAAUCAAGGCUGUAAUCGCUGCCAAAGGUGCUUCAACAAAGUACUGAGUAAAGGGUUUGAAUACGUAAAUGUGAUAUUUCAGUUUUAUUUUUUUUAUAAAUUAGCAGAAAUGUUUAAAAACCUGUUUUUGCUUUGUCAUUAUGGGGUACUGUUUGUAGAUUGAUGAGGGGGGGGGGGAAAACGUAUUUAAUCCAUUUUAGAAUAAGGCUGUAACGUAACAACAUGUGGAAAAAGUCUAGGGGUCUGAAUACUUUACCGAAUGCACUGUAUCUCCCCAUCGCUGUUCACUUUAUGUUGUUAUCUGUUAGGUCCCUGAAAACUGUCUCCACUGAAAACACCAGAGUCGGUCUACCAUCUAUGACAACACUGGUCCUGCCAUGCAUGCAAAGCUAGCUAGCGUCCUCUUUGAUAACUGGUAUACCUUGCUAGCUAAUUUAGCUAGCUCAUCAAACAGUAUUCUCUUUGCUAUUUCUGCACGAUAAAACGUAUUAGGGCCUUGAGUCUCAUAUGGAUCUUACUGUCACCACUGGUCAUCCAGCUAGCCAUUGGACUAGACUAGAGCUUACUAGCUAGGUAGCUAAUGCUGGCUAGCUAGCUAACACUAGCGUCGCUAGCAAGCUAACGUUAGCUAGCUAGCUAAUGACGAUACACCAUAGUCGUGGAUCCACAAAAUCGAGCAAAUGUUACUGAACUCGUGACAAAAUCAUGUUUUGACACAGAAAUAAAAGAUCCGUUCGGGAAUUAGAAGCCACUCCAAAACUUUAAUAAUAAGGUAAUAUACCUUAUUGUUAGAAAAGCUGCCAGUUGAUGAAAGUAAGUAUGUUGAAAGCUGCCAAAUGUUUACAAAAGAACAAACCAAAUGGCAGGGCUGCUGUUUGGUUAACAAAAAAGGAGAACUAAUGAAGGUUUGUGGCUUUAAUAAACUGUAUAUUUUCUCUGUCUCCUCUUCUCUCUCUCCCCAUCCCUUCCUCCCUUCCCCUCCUCCCUCCUCCCCCCUCUCUUCCUCUUCUCCCCCGUCUCCUCCACUCUCUCCAUCCCCCCUCUCCUCCACUCUCUCCACCCCCUCUCCCCAGCUCUCUCCAGUGGUCUCCAGGGCCAGAGUGCCUCGUCUGUCUCGUCAGAGAUCAAGUCAGAGGACGAGGGGGAUGAGAACCUGCAGGAUGCCAGAUCUAUGGAGGCCAAGAAAGAGGAGCCUGACAACAAGGACCUCAAGUCUAUUGAUAGGUCAAGAUCUAGAUCACAUCUAUUGAUAGGUCAAGAUCUAGAUCACAUCUAUUGAUAGGUCAAGAUCUAGGUAGCCAUGUCCACAUUGCUCGCUUCAUUUAAAUACCACUUACAACGGAUUUUGAUGAAGUGAACAGUGUGAUUUCGAUGAAGUGAACAGUGUGAUUUUGAUGAAGUGAACAGUGUGAUUUUGAUGAAGUGAACAGUGUGAUUUUGAUUAAGUGAACAGUGUGAUUUGAGGGACAGCUAAAUUAAUUAAUCAACAACGACUAGAAAGACUUGGAUAACCCACAAAGUGAAAUACAUUCUCAAAUAUACUUGCUUAUCUAUCUGCAACAUUGUUCUUAACUACAUAGACAUUAUGACAGUAAAAUACAAAAACAUACUUUUAAAUUUGCCAAAAGGUUUUCCAACACUCACAUCACACUUACAUUUCUGUUGAAUGCAUACAUACUUUAAUAACAAAUCAAUCAAAUCAAUCAUUCAUUGUUUUCUCAGAAGUUCUUCUCCUUUGGGUAAUUCCGUAAUUCCAGUCUUGUCUAUGGACUUGAGCCGUGUUUUAGCUGUCUCUCACACACCAGCGAAGGCCCCCACUUCCUCAUUCCCAAGCUGCACCAUCCAGGAUAAACGCUGUGAUAUCACUGCGUUUAUAGCCCUUCCGCCUGGAAUGAUACAAUCAGACAUUUUCGGACCCCAACCCCAGAUGAAAUACUGCUUAACGAUCAAAAGAUCAAUAAGAUGCAAAUCAUGCAUUGCGUUGAAAUCAGGCAUGAAGUUGAAUUUCCAUUGGUGUAAUUGCAUGAACCAGAAAAUCAGUGCUUGACUAUUGGACUUGCAUGACGAUGAAUAGAUGCAUUGAACGAUUGAAAUAGGCAUGACAUUGAACGUGCAUUCAAGAUUGAAUAGAUCAUUGAACGAUGUGAAUAUGGCAUUGAACAUUGAAUAGAUGCAUGAACGAUGAAAAUAGUUCUUGGAAACGAUGAAAUGAUGAUGAACGAUAAAAUGAUGCUUGACUUGUGAUGCUUGAACGUGAAAUAGUGCAUUGAACGAUUGAAAAUAGAUGCAUUGAACGAUUCAAAAUAGAUGCAUUGAACGAUUGAAAAUAGAUGCAUUGAACGAUUGAAAAUAGGUCAUUGAACGAUUGAAAUAGAUGCAUUGAACGAUUGAAAAUAGGUGCAUUGAACGAUUGAAAAUAGAUGCAUUGAACGAUUGAAAAUAGGUGCAUUGAACGAUUGAAAAUAGAUGCAUUGAACGAUUGAAAAUAGAUGCAUUGAACGAUUGAAAAUAGAUGCAUUGAAACGACUUGAAAAUAGAUGCAUGAACGAUUGAAAAAUAGAUGCAUUGAACGAUUGAAUAAUGCAUUGAACGUUGAAAAUAUGCAUGAACGAUUGAAAAUAGGUGCAUUGAACGAUUGAAAAUAGAUGCAUUGAACGAUUGAAAAUAGAUGCAUUGAAUGAUUGAAAAUUAAUUGUUUUCAGGUUACAACACCAUCUACAUAUAGAUACAGUAUAGCCAGCUGUACAGGUAAAUGGUUAGGCAUCACAACUCCUAUAAACAGAGAUUUAGACUGAACCUGGCUUCAUCCAUUAGUGGUGGCAUUUCAAAAGGGUUAGGGAUGGGUAACGUUGGUUUAGCCGUAGCUGCUGGCGCUGACUGGUCCCCUGUCGGUCCCACAGCAACGCGGAUGACGAGGACUUGUCUCCGGAGCAGAAGAUCGAACGUGAGAAGGAGCGCAGGAUGGCCAAUAACGCCCGGGAGCGGCUGCGAGUCCGAGACAUCAACGAGGCCUUCAAGGAGCUGGGCCGCAUGGUGCAGCUGCACCUGAAGAGCGACAAGCCACAGACCAAACUGCUCAUACUGCAUCAGGCCGUGGCCGUCAUACUGAGUUUGGAGCAGCAAGUCAGAGGCAAGGGACCUGACACACACACACAUAAAUAUAUAUAUAUAUAUAUAUAUAUAUAUAUAUAUAUAUAUAUAUAUAUAUAUAUAUAUAUAUAUAUAUAUAUAUAUAUAUAUACAGUACCAGUCAAAUGUUUGGACACACCUGCUCAUUCAAGGGUUUUUCUUUAUUUUUUACUAUUUUCUACAUUGUAGAAUAAUAGUAAAGACAUCAAAACUAUGAAAUAACACAUAUGGAAUCAUGUAGUAACCAAAAAAAAAAGUGUUUAACAAAUCAAAAUGUAUUUUAUAUUUGAGAUUCUUCAAAGUGGCCACCCUUUGCCUUGAUGACAGCUUUGCACACUCUUGGCAUUCUCUCAACCAGCAUCAUGAGGUAGUCACCUGGAAUGCAUUUCAAUUAACAGGUGUGCCUUCUUAAAAGUUAAUUUGUGGAAUUUCUUUCCUUCUUAAUGUGUUUGAGCCAAUCAGUUGUGUUGUGACAAGGUAGGGGGGGUAUACAGAAGAUAGCCCUAUUUGGUAAAAUACCAAGUCCAUAUUAUGGCAAGAACAGCUCAAAUAAGCAAAGAGAAACUACAGUCCAUCAUUACUUUAAGACAUGAAGGUCAGUCAAUACGGAAAAUGUCAAGAACUUUGAAAGUUUCUUCAAGUGCAGUCGUAAAAACCAUCAAGCGCUAUGAUGAAACUGGCUCUCAUGAGGACCGCCACAGGAAAGGAAGACCCAGAGUUUCCUCUGCUGCAGAGGAUAAGUUCAUUAAGUUAACUGCACCUCAGAUUGCAGCCCAAAUAAAUGCUUCACAGAGUUCAAGUAACAGACACAUCUCAACAUCAACUGUUCAGAGGAGACUGUGUGAAUCAGGCCUUCAUGGUCAAAUUGCUGCAAAGAAACCACUACUAAAGGACACCGAUAAGAAGAAGAGACUUGCUUGGGCCAAGAUACACGAGCAAUGGACAUUAGACCGGUGGAAAUUUGUCCUUUGGUCUGGAGUCUAAAUUGGAGAUUUUUGGUUCAAACCGCUGUGUCUUUGUGAGACACAGUGUGGAUGAACGGAUGAUCUCCGCAUGUGUAGUUCCCACCGUAAAGCAUGGAGGAGGAGGUGUUAUGGUGUGGGGGUGCUUUGCUGGUGAUUUAUUUAGAAUUCAAGGCACACUUAACCAGCAUGGCUACCACAGCAUUCUGCAGCGAUACACCAUCCCAUCUGAUUUGGGCUUAGUGAGACUAUCAUUUGUUUUUCAACACGACAAUGACCCAACACACCUCUAGGCUGUGUAAGGGCUAUUUGACCAAGAAGGAGAGUAAUGGAGUGCUGCAUCAGAUGACCUGGCCUCCACAAUCUCCCGACCUCAACCAAAUUGAGAUGGUUUGGGAUGAGUCGGACCGCAGAGGGAAGGAAUGCAGCCAACAAGUGCUUAGCAUAUGUGGGAACUCCUUCAAGACUGUUGGAAAAGCAUUCCAGGUGAAGCUGGUUGAGAGAAUGCCAAGACUGUGCAAAGCUGUGGUCAAGGGAAUGGGUGGCUAUUUGAAGAAUCUCAAAUAGAAAAUAUAUUUUGAUUUGUUUAACACUUUUUUGGUUACUACAUGAUUCCAUAUGUGUUAUUUUAUAGUUUUGAUGUCUUCACUAUUAUUCUACAAUGUAGAAAAUAGUACAAAUAAAGAAAAACACUUGAUUGAGUAGGUGUUCUAAAACUUUUGACCGGUAGUGUUUAUAUGUAUAUAUAUACAUAGGGACCUGACACACACACACACACACACACACAUAUAUAUAUAUAUAUACAGGGACACACACAUAUAGAGACACAGACAUAGAGACACACACACAUAGAGACACAGACAUAGAGAAAGACACACAUAGAGACAGACACACACAGACACACAUAGAGACAGACACACAUAGAGACAGACACACAUAGAGACAGACACACAUAGACACACAUAGAGACAGACACACAUAGAGACAGACACACACAGACACACAUAGAGACAGACACACAUAGAGACAGAUACACAUAGAGACAGACACACAUAGAGACAGACACACAUAGAGACAGACACACAAGAUUUCACUUGCUGCUCCUGGCUCAGUAUGUGGCUCAGUAUGUGUGGGUGUGUGUGUGUGUGUGUAGUAGUGGUAGGAGUAGUAUUAGUAUUAGUAUUAGUAGUAGUAGUAGUAGUAGUAGUAGUAGUAGUAGUAGUAGUAGUAGUAGUGGUAGUAGUGGUAGGAGUAGUAGUAGUAGUAGUAGUAGUAGUAGUAGUAGUAGUAGUAGUAGUAGUAGUAGUAGUAGUAGUAGUAGUAGCAGCAGUAUUAGUAAUAGUAGUAGUAGUAGUAGUAGUAGUAGUAGUAGUAGUAGUAGUAGUAGUAGUAGUAGUAGUACUUUAUAAAUAUAUUUCUAGUACUAGUACUCUUACUACUACUACACACACACAUACACACACACCUACUGAGCCUGGAGCAGCAAAUCAGAGGUCAGAGAAAAUACACACACACACACACACCAACACACACCAGGGUGCAUUAUUCUUUAGGCCUGGCUGUGGCUGAAUCUUAACAUUUAAGUCAAAUUUUCACUCAGCUUCCUAUUGAUGUCAAUGCAUUACUAAGUGAAAAUCUGAUUUAAGUGAAAUUAGGAUUGGCUCCAUAGUUUUAACAGAUAUAGAACAAUAUUUUCUCAGAUCCACACGGUGGCGCUGCUCCAGUUCUUAAAGACUUACUUGUGUGUUUGCGUCCCGUCCGUCUGUGUGGCGUCUGUGUCUCUAGAGAGGAACCUGAACCCUAAGGCUGCGUGUCUGAAGAGACGCGAGGAGGAAAAAGGUUCGUCGGACGGCGGCGCGGCACUCUCCCUGGCCGGGGCACACCACGCCAUGGGGGACGCCUCCAACCCAAUGGGACAAAUGUAAAAACCCCCUAAAUGGUCAGAAGAUAUUCACUUUAAACUAAUCUGCUGUGAAAACACGUGUACCAUAACUUACCAUUAACCUAAAACAAUUGGGUGGAUAACAAUUAUAAUUGAAGAAGAAAAAAAGCAUUCUGGCUCCAUUUGCCAAGAAAGUAAUACAAAAUAGUAAAAUGGUUAAAAAAAAUAAAUACAAAAAAUCUAGUUAUCAGUCUUCCACAGUGGCUUGGCUCGCAUUGUGAAAAUGGCUUGAAUUGUCGUUUUGACGACAUUUGCAACCCAGAUGAAUAAUACAAACUCAAUCAGAAUUACAGGACAAAUGAUGACAAUGUGGAUCAUUUCUCCCACGUAGCCUUUUAGUCCAAAUUGAUUGAAAUUGAAUGAGCGGAGUUGCUAACAAUGGAGGGGCCGUAAUCAAAGCCUACGACCUAUUGAAACAAUACCCCGGGUACAUUUUAACAACAGAUUGGCAGUAAGUGUGUGCUCGUUUUGUUCUGCUGUGUGUGUGUAGUUGACUUGCUUUAACUCAUUGUGUGAAACUCAAGUGAAAACUAUCCUGUGGUUUUGAUUGUGUGAUGCGUUGUAUUGUUUUGAUUCGAUCGUUUCACACGGUCUAUAAUUGAAUGUCAUGCGUACACUAUGAGAAAGACAGUAGUAUGAAAAAACAUUUACAUUUUUUAGUCAGUGCGUUCAACAAAGUUCAGUAGGGGAAAACAACCACCAAUUACAGUCAUUGAAACCUUUCUUCUUGACAGGCCUCUCCUAAGCCAGUUCUUCAACCAGAUGGUGUAGUUAAUUAACUAAGUGUUAUCAGUGAACAAAGAGGAUAGGAGAGAAUGUGAAGAAUGCUGAUUGUCUCCACAUCGUAGAGAUAUGGAGUACAGCACCUCGUAGUGAGGUACCUGAAGGUUGGAUGUGUUUUCUCGAUAUCUUAAUCUUAUGUGGAAGGCACAUACGUUUAGGGCCUUUUGAAGGUUAUUUUUAGGGCCUAGGGUGUCCAUCUCAAUGUUUUACCUUUAGUUCCUUCUCAGUUGUGUGUGUGUCUGUCUGUCCGUCUGUCUGUCUGUCUGUCUGUCUGUCUGUCUGUCUGUCUGUCUGUCUGUCUGUCUCUCUGUCCGUCUGUGUCUGUAUGUCUGUCUGUCUGUCUGUUUAUGUGUCUGUCUGUCUGUCUGUCUGUGUGUGUGUGUGUGUGUGUGUGUGUGUGUGUGUGUGUGUGUGUGUGUGUGUGUGUGUGUGUGUGUGUGUGUGUGUGUGUGUGUGUGUGUGUGUGUGUUUGUUGAUUGGUUUGUACAGGUAACAGGUGAGUACAGUGUCCCACAGCUGUCUCUAACCCCCUUCUGUCCUCCUGUAGGUCCAAGCUCCCGGAGUUCAUCAAGAUGAUGAGCGACCACUUCCUUUGACAACAUUCUCCUAUUUCCUGAACCAAUCAAUCAACCGAUCACGUCAAUCAA